AUGGCAGACUCGGACGCCAAGUACUCCCUCUGGCUGAUGCCAGACCGUAACUCGCACCAGUGGGACUUGCUCACGCAGACCAUUGAGGCGCUGCGCAAGGACGAGCAGCAGCAUGGCAAGCCGCCCCCUGUGUUCGUGCCACAUCUCACCCUGCUCGGGUCGGUGAGCGGCGUGGGCCUGGCCGAGCUCAAGGAGAGGGUGGAGACCCUGGCGCACAGCUGUGGAGGUGUACCCCUCAGGGUGUGGCUGCACGACCUGGGCAAGGGCAGCACCUUCCACCAGUGCGUCUUCAUCCACGCCAGGAAAACGCCAGAGUUGUUGAAGGCCUACACGCACGCACAGCAAGUCUUCGGCAGAGCGCAGCCGGGGUCGCAGGCCACCUUCAUGCCCCACGUCAGCCUCCUCUAUGCCGACAUCCCCGACUCCACCAAGGACCGUAUCAUCGCACAUCUUCAGGCCGAGGGACGACUGAGCGAGAAGGCGGCUUCGUUCAACGCGAACAGCAUCCACAUCUGGCGAACGGACGGCGACGAAGCGAGUUGGCACGAAGUAGCCAGCAUUCCCCUGGUCGGUUGA